CUGACAAAGAAAUGGAAGAGGACUUGAAACGAAGCAAGCAGCACCUAAUGGAGAUGGAAGAAAGAGUGAAGAAAGAGGAAGAAGCCAACAUUCGAAAACAAAAGUAUGAGGAAGAGAAAAGACGAGCAAACGAAGAGAGAAAACAACAGAGAGAAAGAGCUAAAGAACUGAGAAAAGCCAGCGAAGUUUCCCAGGACGGUGUUCUGCUGGUGAGGGGGCAAGGUGGGGACAAGGACAAUCUUGGACCAGAAGGGGGCGGGGAGGGGGGACAGGCGGGUGACGGUGUACCUUCAGAGUUCAGUGAUGACAGUCUCAGCGAUGACGCGAAUGUGGAUUUCUCACAGAUGAAGAAGAAUUCCCUGACGAUGAUAUGAUAGAAAUGGACGAGAGUGGAAAGUUGAGGCUAAAACGAGGCAAAAAGAUAGAUCUGUCCAAGAUGAGUGAUGAGAUGUUGAGAAAACUUGGCAUCGACCCCAACCUCACAGCCAAGGAAAAGGCAAAACUUCUCCGGUGAAAGGCCAACGGCGGGUGAACGUUCUGUUCCACCGAGGAGGGAUCCUGCUGAAGGAACACAUGAAGAAGGUGAUGGAGCAGUCCAAGCUACAGGAGGACCCGCCCCCGACCAUCACCUACAGGACAGACCUGGACGAGAGAGGAGGCAUUGACUUCAUGCAGCACUACCGCCUGGUAGAUCCCAGCAACUUGGAAGCCUACGCUCGAGCGUUUGUCGUAGAAGAUGGAGAUAUGGACACUGUGAUUAACCUCAAGGAAACCCUCACAGCUUUGGAUGGUGUGCCUAGUAUGCAAAAGAUGACCAGUAAACAAUUCGACUAUGUCUUUAAGCAACCUAAGCAAGCAUCUGUUAGAGGUCUGCAACUUGGCGGACAUAGAGCGGAAGCUGGCGCUGUACCGGGACAUGUUCUACCACAACAUACAGUCCGGGCUGGACCCCAACUUCAUCUCCGCCGACAGUCUCCGGAUAGAGCUGAUCGCUGGAGGCUUGAGCUGGCUGCAGCAGCAGUACGUCAUGGAGAAGAUGGAGAUCAGCAUCGCAAACGAG